UAUCGCACUGCGAGUGGGAAAAAGUGGUGCAGACCACAGCAGUGUAGCCUACGAAGAGGUGGAACACGCCCGGUGCAGCGCCAUCAUGUUGAAACACAGCAGUCUUUUAAAGGCGCUUUGUGCAUCGGUAAUCCGCUCAAAUGUCACGAUGCCGCAGGAACUGACAGAUCGGGCCGAAUCCAUGCAAGUUGUUUGAAGGUACAGAGCAGAGGGACCAGUAGGAUGAACAUUGUGAAGCGGAUUGUUACGCGAUCUACACAUUCCUAGUCAUGAACAGAGCAGACAUCAUCAUUGAGGUUCUUGAGAGAGCAGCCAAGGAAGUGAGAGAAGGGAAGAAGUCCAUUAGAGCAGCAGCAAGGGAUGAACAAAAUCUACUGAAUGACACUGAAGAGGCAGUGUUGUGAGUGGUGUUUCCUAGGAGACGGAAGGACCAUGUUCUAAAAAUAAACAGACCACAGCAGAGUGAUGAGCUACAAGCAGAAGGGGGAGGGGCUAGGUGAUUCUGUGGUGGGGGAGCAUAAGGCUUCACCUGCUCACAGAAACUGGCAGCCCAAUGGGACAGCAGGAGGAGGGGGGGGAGGAGGAGGAGAAGGAGAGGGGGUCACUGUCCGGAGAAGUUGGAGACCCUGCCAAAUGCUCGGUCAGGACGGGCAGGAUCCUCACCAUCAUCACCACCACCAUCAUCAUCCUCCUAUUCCGCACCAAGGCUCGGGCCGCGGCCCCGCACGGCACCGUAGGCGCACUCCCUCAGGGCAGAGCCCGUCCAGACAGGGGGAGGGAGCAAACAUGGAGCCUCCUCGCCACACCCAGCCGCCCCGCUCUGGCGUGGGCCGCUACCACCGCCAGGGAGAGCCCAGGGUCAGAGUUCACAGACCGCUGCUGAGAGACGUCCAAGACACCCACGACCCGCCGUUUCAACAGCAACGGUCAUCUGGCGGUCCCCUGACUGAACAGAGAGACAUGACUGGUCCCGCAACAAUGAAGCAGCAGCACCCACCACACACUCGUCCACCCCACCACACACAGGACAGUGGAGCACCUGACAUUACUGCUGGUACCUCUCUUACCCCCACACACCACACACCAUGUCCUCCUGCCCCUGAUCCCCCUUCCCAAGACCUGCCACCGCCCCUUCCCAACAUAGAGUCUCCCCAGCCUCAGGAGGAUGCAGAGGAGGAGGAAGAGGAGGAGGAAGAGGAGGAAGGGUACAGCUCAUCCAUAACUCAGUCUGUUAGUACUCAAAGUGGAUUUGACAACCAGACAGACCUAGAGAACCAGAGGGAGGGGGGCCAUGGAGAGGGGGACCUAAAAGAGACAGGUCUGGGAGAAGAAGACAAAAGAGAGAGGGAUCUGGGAGAGGACGACCAGGAAGAUGGAACAAAUGAGCACUGUUCUGACACUGAGAGUGCUGCCUCUCUAAGCAUGGAGGCUCCACCCUUGAGUUCACCUCCUUACCAAUCACCACCCACCUCUCCAUCCCCAUUCUUGCCCCAUCCACUUCAGUCUGAAAACUCGGACCAAUGUAGUGAUGAGUUUAGCCCAAGCCCCAUCUACGAAAAUUACAUAAUGGCUGAUGAUGAGAGCUGUGCUAAUUCUCCACUGUCCCACCCCAAAUCCUUCACUUUCACCGACUCGUAUCCUAAGACCUAUGCAGAAUUUUAUAAUGAGUCCUACCCACAGGCAGAAUCUAUCACAGAAUCCUACACAGAGCCCUACGCAAAAUCCUACCCCCAGUCCUUCCCUGAACCCUUGAAAUUGAUUAAUUAUCCAGACAGAGAGCCCCACAGGAGAUCUGAUGAGCCAUAUUCAGAACCCUACCCAGAGCCCUACAGUCGUAGGCAGAGGGAGUAUGUUUAUAAGGGAGCUCCAGACACUGAUCCACAGCCACGUGCCUCCUGGCCAGGUAGGGAUGUGGGGCUACCACAUACCAGCCCCCAUUGGCAGGGUUGCUCAGUCGGCUCAAGACUGCACCACUACGAUGACACUACGUCUGACGGGGAGGGCGACAGCCUCAAAGAAAGCCCCAGCUCCCAAAGCCUGGGGCCACCUCCCAGGAACGUGCAAGGUGAAGCCCAGUCAGAGCGUCCCAGCUCUGUGCAGCCUGGUUCAGGUGAGUUCCAGGAUGAGCAGGCCGGGAUGGAGCGCCGACCUCCAGUGGAAGGCCUUUCAGAGGACAGUGUCAUAGGUUCAGGGGAUGCUAUCUCUCUGGCCAUCAAGGACAUCCGAGAGGCCAUAGAGGAGGUGAAGACUAAGACGGUGCGAUCGCCGUACACUCCUGACCAGCCCACAGAGCCUGUGUGGGUGAUGAGACCGGAGGUCAGUCCUACUGAGGACGAAAACUCCCCAGAGCAGCCACCGGGAGGCGAUGUGAGUCCUGUCUCUCAGUCUCCUUCACACUAUGCCCCAGUUCCAACCCAAGUUCCAGCCCCAGUCCGAGUUCCGGUGCCAGUCCCAGAGCCUGUCUGUCCUGUGAGGGCAGAGUCCUCCAGAACACACCAGGUUCAGCAGAGGGAGCAUAGAGAGCAGAGGGAGACACCUAUGAUACAAUCCAUUGAGGAGAUCCAGAGGCAUAUGCCGGCCUUCCCUACAUACGUGGAAGUCCCAGGGCCAUGUGACCCAGAGGACCUGAUCGAUGGCAUCGUUUUUGCGGCCAGCUACCUGGGCUCCACCCACCUGCUGUCAGAGAGGACUCCCACUAAGACUGCCCGCAUGCAGCAGGCCCAGGAGGCUAUGAGCCGUGUCAGGGCCGCACAAAAGCAAGCUAAAAACAGAAAGAAGACUGAGGGUGAGAUUCCUUCCUCCACUGAAGUGGAUCUCUUCAUGUCUACACAGAGGAUCAAAGUGCUGAAUGCAGACGCUCAGCAGGAGUCCAUGAUGGACCUGCAUCUGAGGACCAUCUCAUACAUCGCUGACAUAGGCAACAUGGUGGUGCUGAUGGCCAGGGGGAAGAUGGUACGCUCCAGGAGCGCUCAGGAACAUCUGAACCAUACCACUGACCACUGUGACCACACCAACAGCCCAGGCAGCGACGACCGCCGCCAGUACAGGAUGGUCUGCCACGUGUUUGAGUCUGAGGAUGCCCAGCUCAUAGCCCAGUCCAUUGGCCAGGCCUUCAGUGUGGCGUACCAGAAGUUCCUGCGGGCCAAUGGCAUCGACCCAGAGGACCUGAGUCAGAGGGAGUACAGCGACCUGCUCAACACUCAGGACAUGUACAAUGAUGACCUCAUCCACUUCUCCAAGUCAGAGAACUGCAGAGACGUUUACAUUGAGAAGCAGAAGGGAGAGAUGCUGGGUGUGGUCAUAGUGGAGUCAGGCUGGGGCUCUAUCCUGCCCACCGUCAUCAUCGCUAGCAUGAUGCAUUCUGGGCCGGCGGAGAAGUCUGGUCGACUCAACAUUGGUGACCAGAUCAUGACCAUCAAUGGAACCAGUCUGGUUGGACUGCCCCUCUCCACCUGCCAGAGUGUCAUCAAGGGUCUGAAGGCCCAGUCCAAGAUUAAGUUGAACAUCGUCAGGUGUCCCCCCGUCACUAUGGUACUGAUCCGCAGACCAGACCUCCGAUACCAGUUGGGCUUCAGCGUACAGAAUGGCAUUAUAUGCAGCCUGAUGAGGGGGGGCAUUGCUGAGAGAGGAGGGGUCCGUGUCGGUCAUCGCAUCAUUGAGAUCAACGGCCAGAGUGUGGUGGCCACACCUCAUGAGAAGAUUGUUCACAUCCUGUCUAAUGCAGUGGGAGAGAUCCACAUGAAGACAAUGCCUGCAGCCAUGUACCGUCUGCUGACUGCCCAGGAACAGCCUGUCUACAUCUAAGACUGAACCUGGGACUUGCUCUCUCUCCCUCUCUGGACAGAACUCUCCAUUCCAGUUCACAUCAAGAGGAUUUUACUUCAGUUUUUAUUUAAUUACAAACAUUUAUCAGCCAUGUAUUUAUAGAUUUUUCACAUCAUCUCACUGUUUGUUUGCUUGAAAACAAAGUAUUUUCAUGCAUCUCAUCUCUGACUUGCCUUAAUCUGAAUCUGUUAUAAGACAUGAAUGACCGGUGCAUCUCUGAAGUAAAACGCCACAGAUUAAUUUACUAGGCAGAGUAUAAAUGGGAUGUGUCUGAUCAAUAACCAAAGAUAACUGAAUUUAAAUGUGCGUAUUUAGGAAGAACGUAGCGCAAGGAAUACCUUUGGUCUUUCAGGAUCCUAUGAAUGUACUAUACAUGCAAACUGUCUCCUUGGGGGCAUGGUAAUGCAAAUGAUGUGAGCUUCUCAUUGGACCAAAACCACUUAAAUAUAGCCUUGCAUGUAAAAAUAUGCAACUCUGCAAAACAAAGGCAAUGUCCUUAGAUGUUGCAGCUAUGCUAUAAUUUGCACCUGGUUGAAUUAACUCCAAGAAGCCAUCCUGCCUGAGGCUGCAUUAGAAACACACAACACUCUCACCAUUAUUUAUAGAAUGAACUAAGACAUGACACAAAUGAAAGUUUAAAAUCUAUUUAUUUAUAUUUGUUUGAGAAAGUUUAAAACUAGACUCACUACAGUUGAUUUCAGCCGCAUGAGGAUCAUGAAUCAAAUAGUAGAUAAAUACAGAUGCGUAGAACUAAGCAACAGACAUCACAGUAUCACUUUCCUGAUACACCCUGGUAAAACAAGAGACUGUCCCCUCUUUAGCGUAUAUAUAAUGUAUAUGCCAUAAAAAUGUGAUUGUGUCUCAGGUUGUAUGUAUGCAGCUAAUACAGAGAAGUAAACUGCCAUGUUUUGCCCAUCA